AUGGAUCUAAAGAUUAUCCUCAAAAUUUUUGUCUUGUUCUGGGUACAAGUAUGCAUUGCCGGCAGCUCGUAUCAGAUUGUUGAACAACUGGAAGAUGCGCCAUUUGGUUGGAUGAGAGGAAGUAAACCGUCAGCUUCAGAUCUCAUAAAGUUUCGACUUGCGGUGGACUCAGUAGAUAUAGCUGGCUUCCAGCAAACUGUUAUUGACCUUUCCACACCAGGUCAUCCUAGUUAUGGUCAACACAUGAGCCUUGAACAAGUGAAACAAGCGCUACAACCACCUGCAGAAGUGUCAAAUCAGAUUAUUUCCUGGCUGAACUCUGAAAAUAUCUCUUCGGACUCUAUCGAGAUUGGAGGAAACUGGAUCACUUUCCAGACUACUGUUUCUCAAGCAGAGCGAAUGUUGAACACUGAGUUCUUCUACUACCAAAACAAUGAGACCAAUACCAUGAUCCUACGAACUCUGAACUAUUCAGUACCUAACGAUAUCCACCCUCAUAUCCAGUUGAUUGAACCAACCACGCGAUUUGGAAACCUUGGCUCUGUUCGCAUGUCACGCCAGGAGCAGUCCUCCGCCCCAACACCAGAUAACCCAGGGCCUGCAGCUGGUUGUGGAACAAUAAUCACACCUAACUGCCUGAGAAGUUUAUAUGGAGUGCAUGACGCAGAGGCUGUGCCGGAUUCCCGAAACAGGCUUGGAAUAGCAGGCUUUCUGGAAGAGUAUGCUCACCACAGCGACUUUUUCCAUUUUAUACAACUAUACGCGCCCAAUCAACGAGGCGCAAAUUUCUCUGUGGUAUACAUCAAUGGCGGCGAGAAUGACGAAAAUUCUACCAAGAACAGCGUGGAAGCAAACUUGGACGUCCAGUACUCGAUAACUAUGGCUUAUGAUGCAAUUGCGACUUUCUAUACAACUGCAGGUCGAGGUCCCUUGAUCCCCGACGGUGAUCAACCAAACGCGAACCAGUCUUCCAAUGAGCCAUAUCUUGAGCAGCUCCACUAUAUUACUGCUCUCCCAGAAAGGGAUCUUCCAGCAAUUAUAACAAUGUCAUAUGGUGAAUCAGAGCAAAGCGUUCCUAAAGCCUAUGCUUCCGCUGUAUGCAAUCUCUUUGCUCAACUGGGCGCACGAGGAGUGACUGUGAUUUUUAGCAGUGGAGACUCGGGACCAGGACAAUCAUGCCAAAGUAACGAUGGAAGCUAUCGAGUCAAAUUCUUGCCAUCAUGGCCUGCAUCUUGUCCUUUCGUUACAUCUGUCGGUGGAACCGUUGGAGUGAACCCGGAAAGAGCGAUUGAUCUUUCUGGCGGUGGAUUCUCUGAAUAUUUUCAACGCCCAUCGUACCAAGAUCAUAUGGUUGAAAGUUAUCUUAGCAAAAUUGGAGACCAAUGGAGGGGUCUGUAUAACACAGGUGGGAGAGGGAUUCCCGAUGUCGCUGCUCAAGCGAACAGUUUCAGUGUUAGAGACCACGGAACUUAUCUCACAGUCGGGGGAACAAGGUCUGUAUCCUUGACUGAUUCUAUGAGAAUAGCGGUAGAGCUGACUUUUAUUAGUGCUUCCGCACCUGUAGUGGCUGGGAUACUAUCCCAACUGAAUUCAGUCCGUCUUUUACACGGAAAAUCUCGAAUGGGAUUCAUUAAUCCGUGGCUGUAUACAAUCGGACGAGCUGGGCUAACUGACAUUAUAGAGGGAGGAUCAGUGGGUUGCUACCGAUCGCCCAUUCAUAAUGCGGGAUGGAAUGCAACUGUCGGCUGGGAUCCUGCAACGGGGUUGGGCACUCCAGACUUUCAGAAACUGGCACAGCUCGCGUUGCAGUAG